AUCACUCCAGUUCUUUAACAAGCUAUGGCGUCAGCCUCAACUCAUCCAGUUCCAAGGCCCAAGAAGCGCUUUAUUGGCCGCAAAGCUGGAACAGGUCGACCUAUUUCAUCCACAUCGUCGGUGGUCAUUUCUUCAGGCAUUCCGGUAUCCAUACUCGAAGACAAGUCGCUGAAUGCAGCAAUAGCUCAAUUGCCGAGCAACUACUCUUUUGAGAUACACAAGACAAUAUGGCAGAUACGGAAGAAUGAGGCUAAGAUGGUUGCACUUCAGAUGCCCGAGGGGUUACAGAUGUUUGCUUGCUUGAUAUCAGAUAUCGUCGAGAGAUUUACAGACGCCCUGACCGUAAUUAUGGGUGAUGUUACGUAUGGUGCUUGCUGCAUCGACGACUACACCGCUCUCGCUUUGGGAUGCGACAUGCUCGUCCACUACGGCCACAGCUGUCUCGUCCCUGUCGACACAACAACGAUCAAGACACUCUAUGUAUUUGUCGAGAUUGGUAUUGACAACUCUCAUCUGGCGAGAACAGUCCGGCUAAACUUUCCCGACGAUCGUGCGGAGUUUAGAAGGAAGUUGAGGGAUAUCGAGGCGGCAGAGGUAAGGGGGACGCUUACAGCUGGAGACCCCAUUACACCUGCAAUGCAACAUCUUGCGAUUACGGUAGAUGGCGAAGAGGACGGGCGGGAGACGCACCCUGCGAAAGACCCAACACGGCUCGCGAUUGUGUCAACGAUCCAGUUCGUAGCGGCAGCGCAGGCUCUCAAGGAAGACUUGACGACCCCAUUGGAGCCCCCAAAAGAAGAUCAAACGAACGAACGUCCUGCUCAGGAACAGGCAGUGGUGCAACGCUCAGAACAGCAGUUACAUGCCGGCGUGUACGACAUUACCAUCCCGCGGGCGAAGCCACUAUCGCCUGGCGAGAUAUUAGGCUGCACUUCACCUCUCCUGCCAGACGUCGAUGCCCUCAUAUACGUGGGUGAUGGCCGCUUCCACCUCGAGAGUAUCAUGAUCUCGAACCCAUCCGUGCCAGCAUUCCGAUACGACCCAUACGCAAAGAAGCUGACAAGAGAGCGAUAUGGGCACAGCGAGAUGCGGGCGAUGAGGGGACGGGCGGUAGAUGCAGCGCAGAAGAGCUUGUCUUGGGAAGAUCCGGAUGGUGAUAUCUCGAAUACGGUCUCCACGGUAGAGAAGGAGCCGGUUGGCUGGGGCCUUGUGCUAGGAACACUUGGAAGGCAGGGAAAUUUGCAAAUGCUCAAAGCCCUUGAACGGCAGCUCUCUGCUCUUUCGCCUUCCCAUCGACCCGACAUUACCCCGAUCCUCCUUUCUGAGCUGUCGCCUCAGAAGCUCGCCCUUUUCCCGCAAUUGUCGGCGUUCGUCCAGACCUCUUGUCCGCGCUUGAGCAUGGACUGGGGCGAAGCCUUCCCUCGCCCGCUCCUGAGUCCUUAUGAAUGUUCGGUUGCUGUGGGAGGACUGAGACGAUGGGGGGAUGGUGCUAAAGGAGGUGAGGAAGGGUACAGGAUGGACUACUACAAGGGAGAUGCUCCAUGGGCGCGAAGUAGAGCAACGGGAUCCUUUGAGAAGGACUGAGGGAUCAUGAUAGAUAGCCCUCUAUGGGAUGUGCUGUAUCAUGUAGUCUAAUAACCUAAGC